AUGAAACCGCCAGUCUUCAAAGGAGGCAUAGAACCAAUGAAAGCUGAAGCAUGGGUGUUGGGAAUCGAGAAACUAUUCGAAGUUUUCCCUUGUACAGAAGCUCAAAAAGUGCAAUUGGCUGCUUUCACUCUUGAGGAUGAAGCGCGGAGAUGCAUGCGAGAUAAGAAGGUGACUGAAUUUGAAACUCUCAGAAAAGGGAACAAGACUGUUGUUGAAUAUGAAGCCCAAUACGCAGAACUAGCUCGGUUUGUGCCUCAUAUGGUGGAUUCGGAUUAUAAGAAGGCACGAAAUUUUGAAGGGGGCUUACGGGGUGCUAUCCUAGACCGGGUCAAUAUGUUAAAGCUACCUACUUAUGUCGAUGUGCAAGAAAGGGCCGUUAUAGCAGAAGGGAAUCUUGCUGCUCAGAAUCGAAUUUUCGAGUGGAAAGGGAAGAGGCAGAAUAAUCAAUGGUCAAAAGGAUCAGUUACCCCACUAAACAAGAAGCAGAAUUCAGGGAACUUCAGCAUCACCACCCCUACACACAACUCCACUCCAGUGUGUCCAGAUUGUGGAAGGCAACAUUGA